AUGGGUCCCAUCUUGCCGUACUUGUCAGUUUACGGUAAACAACUAGGAAUAUCUCCACUAGUAAUGGGCUCAGUCACAGGAAUCCUACCAGUUCUAUACUUGCUAUCAAAACCAGUCUUCGGAUUUCUCGUAGAUUAUUUCAGGAAUCAGCGUAAACUAAUCUUCAUCUGCUUGCUGAUCAUGGGAUCACUAUCGCUAGUUCUUCUGUACUUUCUACCUUCUCCAGCCGGAGAAUUUCACAAGUAUUUAAACAAAACAAUUGACAUAACUUAUUCGAAAUGUAACAUUGAGCCGUGCCUUAAUCAAACAAGAGGAAAAAAUUAUCAAAAUAGAGCGAUAAGUUAUCACGCAGAUUUGACGUGCUUGAAUAAAUGCCAGCAAGAGAAAAUUUUAAACGUAUCUACUGUGCUGGUGUCUGAAGCUAGCGAGUUACUGCCGAUUUGCAUUGACAAUGUUGAUUUUAAUAACACAUGUCACAACAAUCACACUGCAGUUGAAUGUAAUGUGACAUGUCUGAUAAAUGACAUAGAUAUUGUUGAAGAAUACUUGUACUACAGCGCUCGAUUUUGGGGAUUUGUUAUUUUAAUGGCGCUGGGAUGUAUUUGUUUCAAUGUUGCUAAUUCUAUCAGUGAAGGUAGCUCUAUGGGCUAUGGACGACAAAGAGUGUGGGGGUCUAUCGGCUGGGGUAUCACUGCACUAUUAGCUGGUUAUGCUAUAGAUUUGGUAUCUGAAGAUGAGUACUACAAGUCUUAUACUCCAGCCUUUAUUCUUGUCAUUGUCUUCACUGGUUUUGAUAUCAUUAGCUGUACAAAACUGCAGCUACCAAUAAUGAGCAGAUCAGACAAUAUCGCCAAAGAUGUCUGGAAACUUUUAAAACUACCAAAGAUCUACAUAUUUCUAAUUUUCGCUACAAUCGCUGGAAUCAUCGACAGUUUUUUAAUAUAUUUUCUCUUCUGGUACAUUGAAGAUCUUGCCAAGCAGACUGAUUUCUUGAGUCAAAUAAAAUUAAUUGAAGGUCUUGUCGUUGCUGCUCAGACACUUGGCGGUGAAGUAUUAGUCUUUUCGCUGUCAGGAAAAAUUCUUAAAAAAUUCGGCUACGGAUAUACUAUGACAUUUUGCUUUGUCUGUUAUUCAAUUCGUCUUUUACUAAUUUCUUUAUCGCCAAAUCCAUGGUGGAUUGUUCUGAUAGAAUUAUUCAUGCAAGGACCAUCUUAUGCUUUGUGUUAUACGAUAAUUGUCGGAUUUGCCAGUGUUGUAGCACCACCUGGUACUUCUGCUACUGUCCAAGGUAUCGUUGCUGGAAUGGAUGAUGGCUUUGGAUUUGCAUUGGGAAGUUUUAUCGGUGGAAUUUUGUAUAAAAUGAUUGGAGGAGCAAUGACAUUACGCUUAUUUUCUCUACUCAGUAUUUUAACUGCAAUCUCAUACUUAAUUUUGUAUGUAACUAUUUUAAAAGACGGAAUGCCAAAAACUAAAAAUGAAUCUAGUAGAGAUAAUAUUAAGUGGAAGAGUCCUCAAGAUGCAGCUGAAGAUUGUGAUACUUCUGAUAUUAACUCGUAUAAAAACCUGGGUGACAUGAUCGCAAGCUGCCUCGAGGUCUUUGAGACCACGUCUCAGUGCAUCAACGGCACGGCCGUUGCCUUUCAUCUGGAUCCUGAAGUGCAUUUUCGGCUCUGCUGGAUGUGGCACUGUAUAACCACAAAAUUCCACGUCGGGAUAGUGUGUAAUAAUACUCCGGAGAGCAUUUCCUAG